AUGUCGGGCAUCGAGGUUGCUGGUAUGGUACUCGGAGCCUUCCCUAUUAUCCUCAACUGUCUAGAAUAUUACCGCAAAGGCUUUGAGCCUCUCGAAGAAUGGUGGCAAUUUCGCACUCACUUUAUUGCUUUCAUCGACGAUGUUAGGCAUCAAAUGAUGAAGUACAAUGAGAAUAUGAUUAGGCUUUUGGACCCCAUCAUCACGUCCACCGACACCGACAAUUUGGCAGCGCUAUUAAUGGUCCCCCUAGACCGGAGCCAGCCAGGAGUUGAUUUAGAGCAGAUCCUGGAGGGGCGUCUGGCCAGCGAGUUGGACAGAUUUUUGAGGAUCAUCAACCGCAUGCAUGAGCUCAUGUUAUCAUUGAACAAACUUUUACAGAUCGAAGAUGGAAAGAUAUCGUGGGUUGACAAUGACCAGCAAAGACCUUGGCAGUGGCAUUUCAAACGUAUACAAAUAAGUUUCUCCAAAGGAAAGCACAAGAAGGUCAAGAAACUCGCUGGCCACAACAGGGAGCUAGAGGAUAUCCUUGGCUACAGCGAACGCAUCAUCCCGAUUGCUGAUAGGAGGAAGACAUCUGAGCCCGUCACCCGCUUCGAAAAGUUGCGACAACACGCAUACGGAAUCUACCAGAUUUUGGCCAAGCAGUGGAGGUGUCAACGCAGUUGUCGGCACCACACUGCUCAUCUCAGAUUGCGCGCUGAAGAGAUUGCCAUAAGCUUGAACGUUCUUUUUCAGACUGGAGGUGUACAACAGUCACCGCAGAUGGAAUGGAUGCAAGAAAUCGCCAUACGAAGAGACGAGUCUGUGAAACCUCCUAGCUCGAUCAACGUAAGCUACGUAAGCCAAUCGGACCCGAUCACUGCAGUUCAACAGACUGUAUUUCAGCAACAGUUCAUAUCUCACGCCACUCCGGACCUGAAGCAUCGGAUUAUGAAGAAACUGCAAAACAGAAUAUCAGCCAUAAGGAGAUCUCCUGUCAAAUACAGAAGAUCACUAUCUGAGCCAGUCAAGAAAACAGGAUUUGGCCUCGAUACAUCAAGAUCAUCGACUACUUCUUCUACAAGAGCCGAGCGGCCUGUAGAUCCAGUAAAGAGUAAAAGUACUCUUAUCGGUGCACUUGCUGAGGUUCAGGGUGCCUCCAAUCCACUUCCAGAGGACACAGCGGGUUUCGGGCCUAUCGAUGAUAUUUGCACAUUUUUGACCGAGCAAGAUCGGACAGCUGGUACACUCGACGACGACGGCGAUUUCCAGAGCUCCUUCGUGCUCUCGAAACUGCCGAAAGAGCAGUUGCAAUUUACAGAUAAGGCGAUGCUGCACUCAUUCUGUGAGCUUCUGGACGCACAUCAUCAAAUGAAGAUCAACGUUUCGAGGCGAGAUCGCUUCGAAAUUGCAACGCACGUAGCGUCCGCGCUGUUACAAACUCAUCUAUCACCUUGGUUGUCACCAAAAUGGACCAAAAACGACUUCUACUUCCUUGUAGAUAUGGAGGCUCAGUCGAUAUGCAGCAGAUACCCCUUAGUGUGCCGCGAAUUCGCCGCCACGACCAGCAGCACCGCCCUAGCCGGGGAGGACGCCGAGCAAAACCUCAACUCACAGCAAGAAAGCGAGGAAGAAACACGCGCGCGCCUUUUCACCUUGGGUGUUAUGAUACUCGAGCUGAUGUUCGGCCAUGAUAUCGAGGCCUGCCAGUUCCGGAGCGAGUACUUCGGUGUCGAUGGGAGACCCAACGACCAAACGGACAUCAGCACAGCAAGGCGCUGGUCGCGCAGGGUGUUGGGCGAGAGCGGCCCUGACAUAUCGGACGUGGUGAGGCGUUGUCUCGACUGCUCGUUUGGGCCGCAGCCAAGCUUUGCCGACGGGCGCUUCCGCGAGGCUGUCUACGCGGGCGUCAUUCUUCCACUGGCUAGCUACACCAAGUUGUGGCCGGAGGUCAUGCCUUAA